AGAGCAGUUUGAAGUUUUCCAGCUCGUCCCAUACAAAAGUGGAAGAGUCCGACGUGUGUCUAGGAAUUGUGCACGAAACCGAUGAAAAGUUCAACUGGAAAUUCCGUGGAAUCGCCGACCCGUUAACGAUGUGCUAGCGUCCGUUUUCACGCGCAACCCAGUGUCCGUGCACGAGAAACGCUUCCGCCCGCAAUCGGAGGAAAUCCUCCCAAUUUGCCAGUCCAAUCAGUGAACAAGUCAGGCCAGCCAGUGCCCGCCCCGCACCCGUGGUCGUCGCGCUCGAGCCGUCGCCACUCUCUCUCGAUCCUUCUUUUGACAACUCCGACGCCAUAAAGAAAUCGCCGUCGCAUCCGAAAAAGUGUUUAAGGACAACUCGACGAAAAUGGUCAUAAGCCUGAAGGUGAAGACGCUCGACUCGCAAACGUACGAUUUUACGGUCGACGAUGAGAUAAGUGUUAGACAAUUCAAAGACACAAUAGCCGAAAAAACCAACAUAUCUGCAGAUCUCCAAAGAAUUAUUUAUUGCGGCAGAGUUCUCGCAGAUGAGAAGCAACUCAAGGAAUAUGAUGUUAAUGGAAAAGUUGUACACGUUGUGGAACGUGCCCCACCAAAUCUACGUUCCGGUAACAGUUCCGGUACAAAUAGAAUUAGAAUUAGAGAGAAUGAUGGACCUGAUCCGAACGUUCGAGCCUCACCACUAUUUCGAGCCUUGGAUGGAAUGGUAAUUGGUGCUAUGACUGUUCCCGUUAAUGCAAAUGGAGGCAUACCGCAGCCAAUUGUGAAUCCGUCGUCCUCGUUUUGUAUGAAUCGCAUCACAGUCGCCCGUCACAUGUUAGAUUGUGCUAAUAAUAUCGCUUUGUUCUUGGAAAAUCCAGAGAGAGGACUUAAUAAUCCACCUUUGGAUAUCUUAACACGCGGCCGAUUCACAAUGGAAUCAACAGUCGUAGAGGUUGGAAUAUCGGCAGACGCUCGAGUUGAUAUACCACAAAAUCAAACACAAAAUUUUGUAGAAGCAUUGAACAGUGCAUUCUCAGCUGCCCUGCGACAAAAUGGUCAUCCGAAUUUCACAGUUGUCCAGUUACCCGCACUGCUUCGUGUAAAUGGACAAAAUCAAGCUGGCGGAGCUUCCGGUCAAAGCGAAUCGAGGCCAUCUAGUGGAGAGGAAGCAAGCGCUACAGCCAGCAAUGCAAAUUCGAAUGCCACUUCCUCAAAUAACACAGCCGCUUCCUCGACCGAUACAAGUGAAAAUGAGUCCAAUGCACAGCAAGGACAACAACAAAACAGUUCACCGGGCGGUUCCAAUGGACAAACAACGUGUACGCGAGUCCUUGCUGAAGUUAUCCAUCAGAUGCGAACGGUGCAAACCCGUCUCGAACCGUUUUUCCAGCAAUACUACGAUAUUCUGUUGAAUGAUCCCCAAUUCGAGGAGAAUGACACGACUGGUCGUGAGAAUGCCCAACGAAUAUAUGAUCGAGUUUCCGAGGCUUUGCAUUACAUGUCCCACGCCCAACAUGCAAUUUCGGAUCUGAUGCUAGACCUAACCCAGAGCACACCAAGACAUUUAUGUUGUCGUCCAAUCUUAGUCGAACAGAGUGGCUACGUUAGCUCCAACAAUUACUUGGCUUCAUUCUUCGAGCCCAACGGCAAUAACAAUGAAACUACAAUGACCAACAAUAAUACAGCUAAUACGGGUAAUCUGCCGUCGCAGUUUCCAAUGCCGACUGUACAAUCACAUACCGCGCCGCUUGUUACAGCAACUACAACCGCAUCUACGGCCGAAGCGAACACAGCACCAUCUCAACCCACUGCCACAACACAAUCCCAAACAACACCAGCCAGUGGACAAGGUCAGUCUCAGACACAAGAGCAACAACAACAGCCACAACUUAUAAAUACAAGAGAUUUGCGCCGAAUCCUGGCGCAAAUUUUACAACCGAUGCGUGCUAGUGCAAUUCCAACUGCAGCCUCUCCGGGGGCUACAGCCACAGUACCUCCUGCUAACAAUGAAAGUGGCAAUCAAGAAAAUGUGGCGGCGGAAAUUGUGUUGAAUCUCGCUCCUAGGGGUAUAAUUACUCCAAAUCCACAAAUACAGGUGGCGCGUUUGAUUCAAGCCGUUGUCAAUUCAGCUCCCAUACAUGCAGAUGUUCAUGUUCAAAUCAAUGCACCAAAUCUUAUACAAUACGGAAUGCCGGCGCAAACAUCACAGACUCCUUCACAAACUUCACAAGCAAAUGGAACUCCAGCUUCCAACGGUAGUUCAGAGCCAAAUACAACGGAGAACCAACAACCUCGAGUUACAACUGCAACACAUCCAACCACUUCUACGCAAACUCGUUCGACAGCAAGGCCGCAGGUGCAUAUAUCUAAUUUGCCACCUUCACAAAUGUGGAACGCUCGUGUUAUUCCCGCCAAUAUGGUUUCAUCGUUUGAUAGGUUUCUACCAUGUAGCAGCCAUCACAUCCGCGAAACAGAACAAAACGAAAAUCAUCCACACAUGCCGACCACCAUUUACACUCGAAAUCGCAUGGGGCAAAUGCGGCAACCACGACGCCAGCCCGGUGGUGAAAAUCCUACAGUUGCAACCUCUCGCAACGCUACAGCUGCAAAUGCUCCGUCAGCCACCUCAAACAACGCCGGAAAUGAAUUCCUAAAUCUCUCCAACGAAGAAACCAAUUUUCCUUUCCAUCUGUUCGGCAUCAACUCUCCGCUGCGUGAUCUUUUCAAUGUUCCAAAUCCAGUUAUUUUGAAUCGCAUACGCAACGAAUUGCGUGCAUUUAUUCUGAAUACCCUGUUUGUUGGCUCACCGAUGACCAGCGAAAAUAUGGACGAAGCUAUCAAUCGCGUUAUUCGGAUGCUGAACUCAGUCCUUGUAUUCCUGCCACAGUUUGAUUUGCCCGAUUAUGAUGCCCGAGCAUCUGUGGAAAAUUUCUUACGCAAUACACUACCUUUUAUAUUCAGUCUAAUUCAAGAGGAUGAUUCGGAUGAAUUCGGAACGAGAUUUUUACGUGAAUUGUUGAGCUUCAUGCGACGCAUCUUCGUUAUUUUGGUAACAUGUAUUGGACGAGCGAAUGCUGAAUUGUAUCUUAAUCAAGUGGCACAGAUGACAAUUAAUUCAAAUAGUCCGGCCGAACAAGAGACAUCCCGUGCUCUACAUAGGACAAUAAUUCAACAACUAGAUUUGACCACACAAAAUACAAGCGAUGUACAGGAAUUUCUAGUUAUAAGACGACCUCCACCUGAGAGCAAUAGGAAUAACACAGUAACGCCAAUGGAGACAGAUGAAGUGCCCACAGUUCAAUCAGAAGCACCACAGGCACAACGGAUAGAUCCUUUACAGCAAACAGCAAGUAUAGCAACAGGAACAACAACUCUUCCAAUACCCGCGCCUAUACCAGAAUCGAAUGAUCCACUGCCUACAGUCGUUCCUGGUAGUGAACCUUGGCAUAAUAAUUUCCCCGCACAUUGGCUUCCUAUAAUCACAAGAGAUAUCGAGCGACAGAGGAAACAGGGAUCACAGCCUCCAUUCUCCGACGCCUAUAUCUCCGGCAUGUCCGCAAAGCGAAGAAAACUAGUAACAAACUCAAAACCACCAGCAGACGUGAAUGCUUUACUAUCCGACGGUGUUCGACGUGCUCUGCAAAACGUAGGAGCGUCCUCUAGUAAUCCAUCUUCAGUUGAUGAAAUGACUGCAGCGAUAUCAUCAGAUCCAUCAGCUCAACUAUCAUAUCGGGAAGCGCUACGUUCCAACAUUCAAGAAAGACUUAAGACCGAUCCAGAUUUUACACCUGAUAAGUUUCCAAACAGUUCCAAAUAUUUUAAUAAAUAGUUGAAGGCGGGGAAAUGAUCGAGGCAGAGUUGUAAUAAGCGAAGGAAGUUACUGCGACCGCUAUUAUGAAUAUAAACAGUAAAGUGAGGGGUGGUAUCACUGCGGAUUCGUUAAGACUGUGUAAAACGUCGAAACAAAAAAAAACAUUUUCUAUUGAAAUUAUUAUUGAAAGAAAAGUACCGACAGAGAGGAUAGGAAAAGAUAUUAUUGAGUUUAUUACUUGGCCUUGCGCUUUUAGCCUUUUAUUUCCGUAAUUUAUUUUUAUUCUUUCGGUUUUUUUUUCUUUUCUUUUUUUUGCUUUUUUUUAUACAUUGUAUGGAACAAUAUUAACACAUACUUGUGCAAUUGUAAAUAUUUCAUUUCUCCAGAAGGAAUUAUGCCUAAAUACAAGAACUUGAUCUUUGUUUCGA